ACGGCGGCUAGGGCGCUGGACGUUCCGCAGUCGGAGUAGAGGAAACCGGGCGGCGUCCUUGUCCUCCCUGCUCUGCUUCGUGAACCGCGGUCCGAGUGUUCGCAGGUGAAGAGAUGUCAUUUGUGAAGAGUGGAUGGUUGCUGCGACAGAGUACUAUUUUGAAGCGCUGGAAGAAGAAUUGGUUUGACCUGUGGUCAGAUGGUCACCUGAUCUAUUAUGAUGACCAAACUCGGCAGAGUGUGGAGGAUAAGGUCCACAUGCCAGUGGACUGCAUCAACAUCCGCACUGGGCACGAAUGUCGGGAUAUUCAGCCUCCAGAUGGGAAGUCAAAAGACUGUAUGCUGCAGAUUGUGUGCCGAGAUGGGAAAACUAUCAGUCUUUGUGCAGAAAGUACAGAUGAUUGUUUAGCCUGGAAAUUUACACUCCAGGAUUCCAGGACAAACACAGCUUACGUGGGCUCAGCAGUUGUGUCUGAUGAGACAGCCGUGGUUUCCUCGCCCCCUCCCUACACAGCUUAUGCUGCACCGACCCCUGAGCAGGCAUAUGGCUAUGGUCCAUACAGUGGUGCAUACCCGCCAGGAACUCAAGUUGUAUAUGCUGCGAAUGGGCAGGCGUAUGCUGUGCCCUACCAGUACCCAUAUGCAGGACUUUAUGGACAGCAGCCUACCAACCAAGUCAUCAUUCGUGAGCGGUAUCGAGACAAUGACAGUGAUCUGGCGCUGGGCAUGCUGGCUGGAGCGGCCACAGGCAUGGCCUUAGGGUCUCUGUUCUGGGUCUUCUAGAGUCCUCGAGAUCUUGAUGUGCAUAGCUUCUGGCAACCCUGUGUGCAAUAAUAUGAUUUGCAGGGCAUUUCUGUUUGUGACAAAUGUUUUUAAUAAUAGUUUUCGUAGUUCGUUUGAAAGUAGUGAUGUCAUAAUUGUAACUAAUCCACAUAAGUACUGUAGAGAAAGGUCUGAGCUGUGCUGUUUAGCUGAAACAUGGACUCUGGGGGGCACUGGCAUAUUCCAAGAGCUUCCUGUGGAACUCUUGGAAUACCUUAUUUGGACAUACCUGUUUGAAAGGCAUUUUCUUUUUAGAGUUGGGGUACUGCUUAAGGGAUAAUUUAUUUUCGUAUUAUGCCAAUACUCUAGUGAUGUAUGAAUGAGUGAGCGAUUGUGGCAGGAAUAACUGCAGCUUCCUUUUGGUUUAGCUUCAAACUUUGAAACCUCAGACCAGAACUGGCUGCGUGUUACCUUAGGAGUUGUGAGCUGGUAAGCUACCAGGUAGCUUCCCCGAGUCAGUGGUGUGGGAGCCCCACGAUCCACCCUCUGGGGCUCUGCAGGCACCCAGCAAGGCUGACUGCUCAGGAUGACAGGGGACACCCCACCCUCACCCGCUUUUAAAAAGGAUGCUUCAGGAAUCUGCCUAACCCUAGAGCUUCUUAUUCUUGUAUUAUUCUUGUUUGUUUGCUUUUGGCAGUGAUACUUGGAAAAGAUCCCGAAUUAGGAAUUGAUUUGAGCCUCAGAGUUUUAGGACAUUAUCCUUUAAAAUAUGAAGAAGGCAGAACAAUAACAAAAAAGUGUGUGGAGUUAGAUUUCCUUUACUUAGAGAUGCUGCAUCACUAGUGUCUGCUUUGGGUAUUUUUAUUGCCACCUAAUCCUAUUAAAGCCUAUUUUCUACUUGUUGAGGAAGUAAUAUUAAAGAAUGGGGAGGAAAAUGGAAGGAGAACCAUAGAUAGAAUGUUUCUAUUUCAGGCUUUCUGGGGAUUGCACUGUGCAGAGGAUGCUCUUUUCUGUCCCUCUGAAGGCCUGCCCUGUGCAGGAGUGGGGCAUCGUGGCUGUCCACUGAGCCCUGGGAUGGAAGGAUCAUGGCUGGGAGAGACUCAGGUUAUAGGUGGGAAAUAUGGCCUAGGUACAUGAGGGACCUGCUCAAGGUACCACUCAACCUGGACAGGACUCCAGCCUUGUUUUUCUUCCUGAUCCACGUGUGGUAGAGAAGACUAAAACAUUUAAUUUUGAGUUCCCAAAUGUGGGAAAAACCACAGUCCUAUCUUUCUGUCAAAUACUCAUAUUUCCAAUAUUUAUGAAAUACGUAUUUCAAAUAUUCAUAUUUCUGUUCAUUUAUGUUUUAAAGCUUCUAGUUAUUCUGGGUUUUCUGUCUUGCAUGCUUUAAACAGUAUACUUUUACAAAGGCAAUUUAGCAUAGUGAAGGUCCCUGCUCCACACUCCAUAUGGUCCUUUUUUCCCUAAAUACACUCCGGUAGCACAGAUCCUGUUUUUAUUUUGCCUGGCCAGUUCCGUAGUUGCUCUCUUGUUUUACUGCUCAGCCAGCCCAUCCCUGAAGCAGACUUAAAUAGAUCUACCUAUGAAACCAGACGCCAAAUGAACUUAGUGUUGGCCAUAGGUCUGUCUUUCUAGCCAGUCCUAGGGGACUUGCUGAAUGUGUGUUUGCAGCUGAAAGGAGGUGUACUUCUCUGUCCUCUCUUUGGAUAGAUGUAGUAUGUGACAACACUGGCGUUAAAGGUUUAAAAUGUUGCUUGUAAGAUUUUACAUCCUGUGUAAUAAGUAUGGCUUUGUUCAGACAGUAAUCUAUUAAAGUUGUAUGCUUUACUUACAAAAUGUUAAUAACAGUUUUUAAUGGUUCAAUGGGGUGUUAAUUUUGAACUUGGAAUUAGUGGGUAGGAAUUAUGGGAACCAUAGAGUACUGAGUUACGCCAUUGAAAUACUCUUUAAGUUCCCCUAGCUGCUUCUGUCUGAAGGGGGAGAGGUGUGGACUGAAACUUGGGCACCUAUGUGUGUGUGUGUCUCCCUCCCCAGUCCCUGUCCUCAGUGGGGCCAGCGUCAGUAGGCAGGCAUAGUUGAGCCUGGAAAUUCACUCACACUAGUGACUUGAUCCUGGUAUGAAAUGCAUACUGCAGAUAAACAUGGGCUUAGGUAUCUCAUUUCCUUGGCACCAGCUCCCAUAGACGCCAACCUUUUGACAGCCUCAGUUUCUCACUGAUGUCCUUCACUUACAGUGCUGUACUUUGGUAAUCCCAAGUCAAUAAGUAUGUGUAUUGGAAGGAACUUCUUGUUCAGGUUUGAGUAAGCACUUUACUUCCAUUUAUAUUUUUAAAUGAUGAUCUGUACCUAGAAGAAGUUGGCUGUUGACAUUGUACACAUGCUGAUCUAAUUGCUCUUUUAGUUCUGUUCUUUACAUUCCUUGAGUUAACUUUCAGGAUCUUGGAUUUUAAAGAGAAGAGGGAGACCUGUGGUUAAAGUCUCAGAUCAUCAUUCAUGAAAAAGACUAGAACUUGUCUAUUUGAGUCUGUCCAGGAUCCAAGGUAGCCAUCUGGAUCAUAAGAAGUUCCUACAGUUGAGAUAUCGUGACCCACAUGUAUUUUCCACAUCAAUUUUUGAUCCUGUGUAAUCUUUCUUUUUCCUUCUCUAGUUGAUGUAGACACAAGGCAUGGAAUGCAGUUCCAUUUUUCUCCUAGAGUUGAUCUUUUUCGUGAUUGCUUACCUGUCUUUAGUAUUCUUUUGCAUCUGCAGAACCUGUUUUUCCCUGUAUAUGCAAAUUGUAUGUUUAUAAGUGCAGAUGUUAAUGCAUUAAAUGAUCAUUAACCUCAAAG